GCAUACUGAAACUGGCUGCAAAUCGAACAAGGCGGCCGAAUACGUUCUUGGUGGCUACGUCAUCUGAGUACCAUUUUCAUGGGGGCACUGUUAUCUACACCUAAGACAGAGAAAUACAAUGAAACCGGUCAUGGCAACGGUCUCAGAUAUGGCGUUUCCAGCAUGCAAGGGUGGCGUGUGACUAUGGAGGAUGCUCACUGUGCAAUCACCCAACUGCCUGGCAAUCUGAAGGAUUGGUCGUUUUUUGCCGUGUUUGAUGGUCAUGCUGGAGCUUUGGUCUCGGCGAUGUGUGCUACAGAGCUGCUAAAAUGCAUCGUAAAUACUGAGGAAUUCAAGAAUCUGAAUCCGGACCUUGCUCCAAGCCUCUCCGAAGUGGAGCGUGGCAUUCGUGAUGGAUUCCUCGCGUUGGAUGAGCGUAUGCGUCAGUUGCCGCAAGUCGCGAGUGGAGAAGACAAUUCGGGAUCCACGGCAGUGUGUGUCCUAAUCACACCGAAACAUAUUUUCUUUGCCAAUUGUGGGGAUUCCCGAGCUGUGCUCAUUCGAAAAGGACAAGUUGCAUUUGCCACAGUGGAUCACAAACCUGUGAACCCCACGGAGAAGGAACGUAUCCAAAACGCCGGUGGCUCUGUGAUCAUUGAACGCGUGAACGGAUCACUCGCUGUAUCUAGAUCUCUAGGUGAUUAUGCCUACAAAACGGACAAAGCUUUGGGUCCCACCGAACAACUCAUCUCACCUGAGCCAGAAAUCACCGUACUGGACCGGGACAUGAGUGUGGAUGAGAGUAUCGUGCUCGCAUGCGACGGUAUCUGGGACGUGCUCAGCUGCGACGCCUUGUGCGAGUUGUUACAGCACCGAAUGCGCUGCACCAACGACUUAUCUGUGGUUUGCAACGAGGUUGUCGAUUUGUGUUUGUACAAAGGAAGUUCGGACAACAUGAGCAUCGUCUUGGUGGCAUUUGACCUUGCUCCCAGAGAAGAUCCCGAAUCCAAGGCCGAAGAUGUGGAGUUUGAAACUUUGCUGUUGCGCCGAGCCAAGGAGUUCAUACAAAAAUCCACGGAGACGUUGACGACUGAGCAAGUUCUCAACCACUUGGAAACUUUUGACAAUCCUGAGCUCCCAUCCUUUCUCACCUUUUGCAAGGGCGGAUUAGUUCAAAAAUUGCUCGAGGAUUAUCGAUUUGAAAAUUCGACCUGACAUUGUCACUCCUUCUGCACACGAAGAUGAAUAUGUUUGGUGCACCACGGGGCUGAAAUUUUCAUUUCCACUUUUUCUCAAAAAUGAUCUACGUUGUAUCUGUGUUCACGAUACCAUCAUUCUGUGCAUAUUCUGGUGCCAUGUUCUUCCGUCCGUGAACCCACCACACACAUUACUUUUAAUAUGGACGUCCCACGUAUCACCAAGCAAAUAUUCCAUCUAUCCCUUAAUCUCUGCAUUCGACUUCAUGUGGGUUGUAACAGACACCUGUACAGUUGCAUUUAGAAUUGCUGGCGAUGUUGUUAUCGCAUUUCAAAUCUCUGGCACCUCCUCGAAACAUUACCCAUUUUCAGCUGUUUCUAUUAUUUUGGGUUAUUCGUUCCACUGAGCCAGUUUCCUACUUUAAUCAAAUGCGUGUCAGAUUUAUUCACAACUUGUUCCACCGACUUAUUAUCACCGGACUCGUCUGCCAUGUUUCCAACCAGGCAACCCUUUGACCUUUUGUGUUCUAUAUUUGCUUACUUCAAUUUUAUCAGUAGUAUAAAUUAUUGGAACAUUCGUUUUC